CGGGCGGUCCCGACGGCCGGCCUCCGAAAGGCGGGCGCCGCUCAAUGCGGGCCGCGCCCGUCCGCCCGCCGGCCACGCGCAACGUCGUCGCCGCCGCUCUGCGAGCCGCAGUGGCCGCCGCGCGCGGGAUCGGCCCGGCACAGACAUGCGGCGCAGGAGGACCGCGCGCCACACGAGACCCCGCCACGUGCCGCACCACCGCGCCGCCACCGCUGUCGUCCGCGACGUCACGGCCACGCUGAGGCAGCGCUGCGUGCCCACGACAUGUCCGGACCCAAGAAGAUGAAGACUACUGGUUCAUCACGACGGGGUGCCACCGGUGCUGGAGGUGGGGGAGGGGGAGGAGCGGGUGGCAACGGCGGCGCCGCCAACCACCUGGUCCAGGGCGCAGGCCCCGGCGUGGGGCCCCACCCAGCCAUGUCAGGCUCGAUGCCGGGUCCCGAGUGCGCGGGCUGCCAAAAGCCCAUCCGCGAGCGGUUCCUGCUCAAGGCGCUUGACCAGCUGUGGCACGAGGACUGCCUCAAGUGCGCGUGCUGCGACUGCCGCCUCGGAGAAGUCGGCUCCACCCUCUUCACUAAAGCCAACCUCAUUCUCUGCAAGAGGGACUACCUCAGGUUAUUCGGCACCACUGGAUUGUGCUCAGCGUGCAACAAGACCAUCCCAGCCUUUGAGAUGGUCAUGAGAGCACGCGGCAACGUCUAUCACCUGGAGUGCUUUGCCUGUCAGCAGUGCAAUCACAGGUUCUGCGUGGGCGACCGGUUCUACCUACACGAGAAUCGCAUCCUCUGCGAGUACGACUACGAGGAGCGAAUGAUCUUCGCUAACAUGCCGUACUUCGGCGGCGCCGGUGGCGGAGGCGCCGGAGGGAUGCCGGGGACUGGAGCCGGCGGACCGAUGGGCCUCAACCACCACCACGGUCCGCCACCUCCCGGAGUUACGUCAGCCGCGGGAAGCGGCCUCGGGGGCCAGCCCAAGCGGUUGCCCGGACAGACACCGCCUGUGCCCGGACCCCCGAUGGCUGGAACCGGGGCUCAAGGAGCGCCCUCUGGAAGUGCGGGAGCGGCACCUCCGGGACCUCUACCCAACGGCACGGCGGGUCACCACAUGACGGACGGCGCGGACCAUCUCUCGGGUGGCGUCCACACCGUGGGACACCCUUCGGCGCACCCUAGCGGCCCGUAUGGGAACCAGCCACCCGGCACAGAGUCCAUGCUGGAAGCCAAGUGAAACCAGACAUUGGUGCCAUUGUCUUGUUGUGGGGGUCCCUCAAGAUAACGUCGCAUCGGCGAGCUGAGCUGGUGUAACAGAACAAUUGAUUUAACAAAAUUUUCUUUAAUUCUUGUCAUCCGCUGCCGUAACGGGCAGAUCCCCAGGGCAAAGUGUAGGCAAGUCGUUACUGGAUUUCCGUGACAAAGGGCCAAAAGGUUCCGUUUCGAAUAGAAGAAAUAUCGUUGAUUAUGCCAACCAUGAACGAACACCAAUACUGCCAGUUUUCAGGCUCGAAGAUGGGAGGGCUUGGGGAUGAAACGGCCGCGUUAGCGCUAGUGUUCUCUCUUUCUUUAUUUCAUUUUUUUUGUGUACAGAGUCAGUAGUACAUUUUGCGUGGAUUUGUGCAAUGGCUGCAAACGCAACCACACUUUCAAAAGGAACAGACAAACAGAUUAAAAAGAAACGCACGUCUGAAUACAUGACGUGUCUCUAAGGAAACAAAUGUAAGAAAUGUGCCAGUGUCAGACGCCUUUACAGCCUCUAUUUGGCGGGACCGACGUCCUCUGUUUGGAAUCACUCAAGUAGUGUUGCGGUGACUCCUCCAGCAGGAUUCGUACUGCGUCCUCUCACCCGCUAAAAAAGCGAAUGUGAAACAGCAGUCACGUGUGUAAUCACUAUUUCUUUGUUUUGUACACAGUCAUCAGCAGAAGAGUGAAAUGGGGUAAUACGCGUGUGUGUGUGUCUUCAGCGCUUUCGCACGAGAAAACAAAAUUACAAACGAGCAGCAAAACAUGUUUCUGUGCUCCACGUUUGUACAGUGUUAAUUUGCUCACGCGAAAUUGCGAAAGACAUGGUAGUGCUCAAGUAAUUAAAGAAUCAACCUGCGCCAUGGGGAUUUCCCUAACUAGUGCCCUUUUACUCCACAUAUCUGCAUACCGAACUCAUUAUAGUGCACUGAACAGACUGGCCUGGAAUAGGCUGCCAAAAUGAAAGAAAAGAAAGCAAACAGCCUUUUAGCUUCGCGAUGAAACCGGUUCUGGCUUUCUUUUUUCAUUUUUUUUUACACAUUAAGAUCAUUGGGUUGAUUUUUGCUUGCUUUUGAUAACAUUUCAACUCCACCAGACAAGGGUGGAAGCGAGACGUAGACCCCACGGUGGGCUCUGCGUCUCCUUUCUCUGUCAGCUGGCGCUAAUAUGUUAUCCAAGGUUGAAUACCGACACGCCCAACACACAGAAGUGAUACAGUUUGCUUCCUUUGUCGCUGUACCAAUAAAGCUCAUAAAGACCUUUGCUGUUCAACAGGAGAUAUGUUCUUCGUACAUGAGACAGACCGUGUACUUCGUCAAAUACUGCGGUAAGGAAUAAGAGUGGCACAGAUACUACCGAUAGCAGAAGUGUUCAGCCUUUUGUUUUAUGCACAUGAGGAGAACAAAUUACAUAUUAUUGGAGGCUGGGCGUUCGCUGCUUUGCUUUACUUACAAUUUUCUUAAACAGCUGACAGUAUAUUUCGCCAUUCUCACUAAUAAAAUGUGCGCAAUACCAGAGCGCUUUCCUUGUAUGUUACCUGUGACAUCGCUACCAAAAAAUGCUGCUAAAUUUUUUGGUCCAUGUCGUUUAUUUUAUCGUGCCUUCAUUUCAAACAAGGUACAGUCACUAUUUUUUUUUCUUUAGUCGGGAACAAUGUUCUGUUUAUGUAAUCUAUUGAGUGAACUUCAUGUCCCCACAUUUUCACCGAAAAAAGCCUUGCGGUCCUGUUUUAUGCUUGCAUUUUCUUCCCUUUGAGUCCGUCAGUCUGACCAUCUUGUUUUUCUGUGAUCAGAAGCACUAUACAAAGCUAUGCGCACUAUAACAUAAAGCUAUUCCAAUCUUUUCUAUUUCAUUUAUGCAAUCAGCCCUCCACCAUUGGUCAAAUUUGUUUCUGGCCACUACCACUUCACUUGUCUGUCACUCGACCUCAGGUAAACUGCGAAACCUCUUCAUCUGAUAUGACGUAUACGCACUGAUUAUGCAUGAUUACACUGAACAAAAGUAAAAUAUUGUUUUUCGAUUCUACACCUCUUCUACAAACAGCCCUCCGCUAUUGUUAAAAAGGUAGCAUGCUGCGCCCACUUCCUCUGUUUGUCGCGCGAAGUCACAAAUUCGCAAAAUAUCCCGACGUCAAAGUGAUGCGUGCGCAUAAAAAUGCAUUAAUAAGCCGAACAAACCUAAAUUUUUUUUGGAAUACCCGGAGACUGCCCGUUCCGAAAUGACUAGCUGAUGGCUGCCCGCCAAUCGCUCUGGCACUGGAUACUCGGAGUUGCCGGGGGGAAGGGAUUUGUGUACGUAUAAAAAAAACUUUUGCGAUGCAGAAAACGUUGUCGAGCUCUUUUGGCACGUACAUGGCAUCACUCUGCCAACUUUUCUUCACUGAGGAUCCGUUUUAGUGGCAUUUUUACUCUUCCGUUGCACCCCGCCGCGAUUUUCGUCUAGACCCCGAAAGCCAAGCUAGGGGAAGCGGCCCAAUCGGUGGCGCUGGCACUGCCCUCCUCCUCCGGUUGUCUACUUUCACUGCGUUAACUCAGCCCCACCGAAGCACUCUCCACUUAUGCGUGCUCCUCGCCUCUGGUCAGCCAUUUAGAUAAGAAAAACCUGCCAAGGUAAGCAAGGCUAUCCGCUUUGAAAGUAAACAAAAGAUGACGUCCUGUAAACGAGGGAAGCGUUGCAAUGGCCUUGUCCAACAACGCUGCAAGUCACCGCCCGAUGCUUGCGUCGGCAGUUACGUAAAUUUGACGUGAAGGAAUUGGUAUAAAAGCAGAUUGAAAUAGCUUUACGCUGCGCAAACCGUUCUGUUUCUGCGAAUAUCCAGAACUAUAAAAUGCUAUUUGGCGAAUGCUGUUCCCAAAUCGGCCCUCUUGCAGCUGAGUGCGCCAACUUUAGCAUAAUGUAUAUGGCGCCGCUUGGGUGAUCUCACAGAUGAAAAAAAAACGUCUUGCUAGGGACGACCACAACCAUAAAACUCGAGAUGAAUUUUCGAACAUGCAGUCAGUUCAGCUUCUAUUUCUGCGUGUUCAGCCAUCUCUCAUUGCUCUUGUUGUUUGACGUCAAGAUAUCGACAGAGCAGUGUGGCUGCUUAUGCAAAGUGAGCUUAUCAAAUUUUCAACUUGUCGGACUCAGUGCGCCUGUUUUGAGCGUAUUUAAUUCGCAAGCGUGUUUUAGCAUUAUUAUUAUGAUAUGGGCUAAGAUUGUUUCAGCGCGUUUAUAACUUCUCGGUACGGUCUGCUUUCACUCAAAACUUUCGCCUACACUACAGAAGAUGUCUUGCAUUUCUUUCACAGUUAAUCAAAAAUAAGUAAGUUUGUCUAUAUUCUAUUUGCGAGCUUUUCAAAAGCUUUAUGUAUUUGAAGAAUUCGCGAGAAGUUGCAAGUUUUAGAAGACAAUGCAGUAGCAAUUUUUGAAUUUGCAAACUCAGAAAUUGAGUCCUAAUUUACUCACGAAGACGAAAUUUUUGCCAAAAUACUUGGUGAAGGGUAAUAUUAUGGUUAAUUUUUUUUUUUGCCGGGAGUGAUUUUUGUUUCAGUAAAUUAAAUAUUACUCACCUCCCACAAUUUUGUUUGGAGGUACUUCCCGGAUAUGUCGCCGAAAAGGUGCACGUAAAGAAAAACAAUAAGAAACAUUCCUGCCUUUGUAGGAAAUAUGAGUAGAAGAUCGUGUGCUACCGUCAGUCAACGAGAGCUACGCCGUGAAUUUAUGGCGGAUACCUUGCAGUGCGCUCGUUAUCAACAGUCUAGACAACAAUCAGUUCUUUAUGGCACCAGGGCAUCCACAAUCACACCCGAGCAGACGACCGCUGGUCAAUUCAGGAGGCCUGCAGGUCAUCGUUUUGUUAAAGUAUUCGAGCGGUCGGCCACGUUCGCAGCGUGUUAUGUCCAUCGCUAAGACUGGGCGCAGCAGCCAGUUCUUUUCUUACGUAAGGACUAGACCCACGCAUGCAUAGUGAGAACAAGUGUGAUGAGACCUGGAUGCAAAGCAACAACGCGUCCUCUUUGUCACCCUCUUGACGUAAUUUAACAAAAAAGGACAUCACUGCAGUAAGACGUUCUAGCAAACUGGAGACACUGGCUUACUCUGCCAAUUUUAUCACCGUACCGGACAUUGGCAGCUAUGCCAGUGUUUGGAAUCAGUGGAAAAAUUACCCUUAAGUUACCCGAGUAUAUACGGGCCCUGAAAUAGCAAAAUGAUUUAAUUUCCAUUCCAUUCCUUCUUUUUUUGCGCUUUUGACCAUUGACCCGAGCGCAUGGUGGGUCAGUUGCAUUACCAUCCGGGUUGACUGGUUCACGGUUUGGUAGAUGAUAAAAAUGGAAUAGGAUAGGGUGAAAGGAAUCGUUACGUUAUAACGGCCUAGCAGUUUGCUGUGCGUGAAGUCUGUUAGCUGGAAGCAGAAAAAAAUAUGAACACCGAAUAACUUGUGUCCAGGGGUUCGCUGUAGCUUUUGUUCACCCCCAUGUUGCCAUUACCACCGGUGAACCGCCCAGUUUGGCAUGUAAAUAGGCGAUAGACAUGCGUUAUGCGCAUUUUUGGCACUAUUGCUUCAUUCUGCAAAUACCGCCGAAACCGUUGUUUUUGCUCACCUGCAUUGUUGGUGUUCAACUUCACCCUUCGAGGGAAAUUGUUUCUUAUACGUUUCACUUGUCAUUGAAUGCUAGUCCGUCGAUACAAUUUUGUUUUGCCUUUCACAGUACCUUCAGCUAGUCAAAGGAGCACUCACAGAAAUACGCAGCAAAUGCUGCCAUGCCUCGAAAAAAAAAAAAACAAGAAAAGAAGAAAAGCCACGGUAAGCAACACAAAUCAAACGUACUUCCGCGUGGUACCACUGUAAUUAAGCCCACCUCUGUAAUAUAAGAACAGGAUGUCGCUAGACCAAUAAAUAUACUCGUUUCACAAAAGCUGA